GCCAAGCGACCCCGCCUCCAGUCCCGCCCGGCCGGGGGAGUUUCUCUCGCCCGCCCUUCCUUUCGGUUUCCAUGCAAACUCUUGGCUUCCGAUGUAGCUCUGCUGCGCCGGGAGGCCGCAAAGGAUGGCCGGGUCGGGACCGGGACCGGGACCUGCCUCCUCUUCCUCCUCUUCCUCUUGCUCCAACUCUCUGCCGCUGCAGCGCCUGCCGGGGCCCCUCCUGACUUUGCUCAGCGACUCGCUGGACCGGGCGCCGCCGGGCAAAGGCUGGAGGGAGCUGGCCCAAGUCGCCAGCAGCCAAGGCGGGCCCAGGCUCAGGCUCAGCUCUCCAGAACUGGAGCAAUGCUCUCUCCAAGUAUUGGAGCCUGAAGGCAGUCCCAGCAGGGGCCUCCUUCAGCUGAUGGGCGAAAGGGGCUGCACUGUGCUGGAACUGACUGAAAUGAUGCAGGCUCUGAAACAUACUGAAGCACUUCAGUAUCUCAAUCCUCCAAGUAUAAAGAUUGUUCUAGAACCAGAAUCUCUGACAGCCAUAUCUGGUCAAAUGGUGAAGAUGAGUUGCUGGGCAGCUGGUUAUCCACUUCUUCAUUAUCAGUGGUUUAAAGGGGAUAAAAUGGUUCCACAUGGGAAUUCCCCAGAACUGAUGUUCAACCAGGUGAGCGUGGAUGACGCUGGGUUCUACAUAUGUCGAGUCAACAGUGAUUUUUCCUAUGGGUUCAGCCAAUGGGCACGGCUGGAUGUUUCUGAAGGACAAGGAGCUUGUCAUGAGGACUUGAGCUGUUUAGGAAGACCUGCAGAUCUUACAGAAGAACAGUCAACUGAAAGGCAAUCUGCUGUGGACAAAGUAGCCCUGCUGAUGGGCAACAUGAGUUAUCGCAAUCAUCCCAAGCUCAAAGCUCCAUUGGUGGAUGUUUAUGAACUAACCAACUUGCUUCGGCAGCUGGACUUCAAAGUAGUUUCCGUGCUGGAUCUUACUGAACCUGAGAUGAGGAAUGCAGUAAAUGAGUUCUUAUUGCUCCUGGACAAAGGAGUGUACGGUUUGUUAUAUUAUGCUGGCCAUGGCUAUGAAAACUAUGGAAACAGUUUCAUGGUCCCCAUCGAUGCCCCAAAUCCGUAUCGAGCUGCAAACUGUCUCUGUGUGCAAAACAUUCUCAGACGGAUGCAAGAAAAGCAAACCGGUCUCAAUGUGUUUUUACUGGAUAUGUGUAGAAAAAGGAAUGAGUACGACAAUACCAUCCUCAUCCUGGAUGCUUUGAAGGUUACAGCUAACAUUGUCUUUGGAUAUGCCACAUGCCAAGGAGCAGAAGCAUUUGAAAUUCAGCAGUCUGGAUUAUCCAAUGGGAUUUUUGUGAAGUUUUUGAAGGAACGUUUAUUGGAGGACAAGAAGAUUACGGUUCUUCUUGAUGGUGUGGCAGAAGAUAUGGGCAAGUGUCACCUUACCAAAGGCAAGCAGGCUUUGGAGAUUCGCAGCAGUUUAUCUGAGAAGAGGGCAUUAACUGAUCCUAUUCAGCAAACCGUAACCUCAGCAGAGGCAUUGGCACGGAAUCUGCAGUGGGCAAAAGCACAUGAACUUCCUGAAAGUAUGUGCCUUCAGUUUAAUUGCGGUGUCCAAAUUCAGCUGGGUUUUGCUGCAGAAUUCUCCAAUGUGAUGAUUGUCUACACAAGGAUAAUUAAGAAACCACCUGAAAUUACAGUGUGCAAUGCAUAUGUGACAGAUUUUCCUCUUGAUUUGGAUGUGGAUCCUAAAGAGGCAAAUAAAGGAACUCCUGAAGAAACUGGCAGCUAUUUGCUUUCAAAAGACUUACCCAAACAUUGUCUCUAUACUAGAAUAUGUUCCCUACAAAAGCUAAAGGAAGACUUAACCUUCACAGUUUACCUCCACUAUGAAUAUGAUGGAGUAGAUGAAGUUGUGGACGAAAGGAAAGUGGUAAACAUUGGCAAACCACUCAUUGCUAAAUUACGCAUUCAUCAAGGAUUCGGGAAGAAUAGCUGUUUCCAGCACUGUUGUGCACCUAACAGGCCUUGUUUUACCCAGUCAUCCGAUGCCCCGCCAGCUGUAUAUCAUCCUUCUCGCCCAAAUCAUCAUCCACAUUCCUAUGCAGGCUUUCCCCAACCAAACUCUGCUCACCCAGAAGACAUUUUGCAUCCAGCGAUGUGCCACAGUGAUAUGACUCCAAAUAGAUUGAUGGCAUGGCAGACAACAUGGCCAUAUUCAUUUAGUUCAAACCAAGGCAAUAUGCCUGUGGAAACAACAGAUGAACUGGAAUCUGAUUUCUCAGAAAAAUUCAGACUGUCUUAACAGUAGCCAUAUUCUUUACAUGACCAUUUGUUGGUGACAUUACUCAGGUAGACCCUUGCAAUGCUGCUUGUGUGUUUUAGGAUUUGGAAGGAGAGCACUGCUUCCAGUAGAGAACAUUGGUGUGAAUCCAAACUAAAUUUGGUCACAUGGAGUUAUCCACUGAAAUUAAGCUUGUCUAGACCUAUCCCAUAGGAAGUACAGACCUGUCUGUACUUUUAAAGAUGGAAACUGGUGAAAUGUAUUGCUUCAUUCCCAGAUUUGCCCAUAUUGAAAGCCAGGAGUAAGAAAACUACAAGUCACAUGUGGAUGCAGUAACAGGAAUAAUUUGGUUUAGGCAGUUUGUUGCUUAUCCUCAAAUCUAUCAAUGGGCCAGUAACAUUCAGAGGAUAAUGAGGGGUAACCGAUGUUGACAGAAAGUUGAUGGUGACAAAUAAAUGAAAUGAGCCUAUUUGGCAUCUGCUGGUGACAUUUGGAAAUAUGAUGUUGGGAAGAGU